CACGAUCCCGUUAAUCCCAUGCUAUUCCCUUCAAUGUCUUGGUGUAGUUCGCUCGUGUGCUCCGCGCUUAAAAAGUUAGGUUAUGUGUCACUUUGACAGUUCGCGCCAAAAUUGUGACGUUUGUGUUUUUUGAAAAUUUUUGAUAAAUGCUGAAGCCACGCGUGAUCGUACACAGAGAAAGUUUAUUUUUAUAAUAAUAGCAAAACCAUAUGCGCGAAGUAGCGAGUAAACACCACAUGUCAACACCUUACUUAGAGUCUUAGAGAUUACUGAACUUUUGUAGGUAAAUGAACCUAGGAACAUGGCGCAAUAUGAUAUCAUACCUUGCUAUGAUGAUGAAGACAUGUUUAGUGAGAGAAACGACAAUGUAACAGAUCUACAUGCUUACUACAUGUCACAGUUCAAUCUAGAACUAGAGAAUAGCAACAAGAAUAAGAAAGUAGACAAUUUCAAGUACGGAGUAGAAGAAAGCUUUGAUUUUGAAGUGUUAGAUAAUUGGAAUGGUCCCACAAAUAAUGAAGCUGAUUUUGAAAUUAUAGAUGAAGUUAUUGACAGCAAUAUCAAUGAGCAGAAUAUUAAGGAAGUGCUCUUAGAUUUAGAUGGUAUUGAUUUUGGAGAAAAAGGUAGCAAAAUGGACACUUACAAAGCACAAGAAAACAAAAUGUAUCCUGUAAAUAACGACUACAUAGACGACGAAUCGCUUAUUGAUGAACUUUGCCGCGAAGAUGGAGAAUCCUGCAGACUAACGCCAGACUUCAACGAAGAAUAUUUAAAUUCUCCAUCGGAAAAGAAUCAACUACCUUCCAUAGAAACGGUAUUUUCGAAAAGAUAUUGUAAUUAUAAUGCCGAAGAUGUGCAAAUGCCUGAGUAUCAUAAUAUAACUCCAGUCCAACAAAAUAUUGGUGCUGUAAAUAACUUAGAACAUUACAGUUAUCCGAAUAACAUUCUUUAUAAUUUAGAAGAAAGGAAAUAUGUACUACCAGAUACUCCUACAAGUUGUAAUGAGUUUACUUUUGAAAGAAAUGAAAGGAAGAUAUCAGUUUCAGAGUCUGUAGAAAGUGACGUACAUAGUUCCAGUUAUUAUGAUGAGAAUUCUGAAAAUUUUGAUGAAGACGAUCUGUUUGUAAAUCUCGAUGAUUUUGGUUUGAAUUUUGAGUCGGAUAAUAAUGUCAAUGUUGGAGAUAAUAAGGUUCAAAGCCAGAGGAAGGCUGACAAAGACAAGGGCCAAGGUGAAAGAGUAUGUCUAUGGGAGCAGUGUUAUGAAAGAUAUCCGAAUCAAACGACGUUGGUGGAGCACAUCGAGAGGGCCCAUGUCAACACAUACAAAGGUGAUGAAUUCAGUUGCUUGUGGCGCGACUGUGCUCGCGAGCGCAGACCGUUCAACGCUCGUUAUAAGCUGUUGAUACACAUGCGCGUGCAUUCUGGACAUAAGCCUAACCGGUGUCAUCAUCCCGGCUGCGGUAAAGCAUUCUCCAGGCUAGAAAACUUGAAGAUCCACGUGAGAUCUCAUACUGGUGAACGUCCGUAUGCCUGUCCUGCUCCUCAUUGCAGGAAAGCUUUCUCCAACUCCUCGGAUCGAGCUAAGCAUCAGAGAACGCAUUUUAAUGCUAGACCAUACGCCUGCGGAGCAAUCGGCUGCGGCAAGAGAUACACAGAUCCUUCUUCCCUUCGUAAACACGUCAAGACCCACCCCCACAUUACCAACGUGCCUCGAACCUGCAUACCCGCGGCCAGGCCGAUAAGGAAACCUGAUCAGGAGCAAACGGUACCAAGCUCUCCAGCUAAGCUGACGACCCUCAGGUGUAUACGAGAUAAGUUAACUGUACCUAGGUUGCAGAAAUUGUAGAUUGAUAGCCAUUUUCGCAAGUUACUGAUAAAAUCUUGGAUAGGCGGACAGGAACUUAUCUGCCAGAUAAACCAAAACUAUUGGUAUCAUAGGUCACGGAUAGCAAUGUUUGGCAGAAAUUAUAAGAAGCAUUGAUAUGGCAGAUAGCAUUAAAUAUCAGAUAACUAACCGAUUCUUAUAUUAUUAUAUAACUAGCCAGUGAUACCGGGCCUAUAUCGUUUUGCUUUCUUUGUUAACUUCUAGACUGUGUCUUCCAUUUUUUUUGACAGUAUGAAUACUGAAUGAUAGUGGUACCAGUAAUUAUGUAUACCAAAGAACUAUACCAAAAUUAAAUAAUACUUCCCAAUGAUGACACAAUGUAGGUACGGCCUUAUCACUAAAAGUUCAGGUGCGAUGACCUUUAUAUAUCUUGCAGGGAAAGAUGAAUUUUGAAAAUGAUUUUGGAUAUGCGCGGUUAUGAUGUCAUAUUUUAGUCGCUUAUUUUCUUGUAUGUAGGUAAUAUUCAUGUAAAUUCAAGAAGUUUUGCAUUAAUUGUGCAUGGCAAGGGGCAAGGGGUAGCUGUAGAGUAAUUUUGAAUCCUACCAAGAUUUUGGGAAUAAUGUUGUGUUUAGACCAAUCAAAUGAAAAUCAAAGAAGUAUACUAAUUAUUUAGAUAGUGGGACCAUGUAAUAUAAAAAUAUUUUUCUUAGAUUUUAAGAAACGAAUGCUCAAAUUAAGACUUCAGUUUCAUAUAAAGUACGAAGUGGUUCUAAAUAGUGUGUAUUAAAAAAAAUAGCUCAAAAAAGACUGAAGUAACAUGAUUGGCUCAAUUUUUUUCUACUAGUAUUAAUUAACAUUAAUUAACGAUUGUAGCUUGUGUUAAAAACACAAUAAAAUCACGUAGAAUAGUACAUUUUUUAAGUCGAUUAGUGUAGGUAAAACUUCGAUUCCAAUUAGAUCAUUUUAGAUUUUAAUAACAUAAAAAAUUGUUUGUAAAUAAUAUCUAAUCAUAUGUUUUGUGUUGAGAAAUGCCACAUAGGGGAUUCAUUGUUUAUAAAAAGUAUGUUUUUAUCAAAUUUAUUGUUGUUGCUAAUUACUAUUCUGAGAUAAGAACUCAGAAAGAGUGAUAUCUAUUCAAUACUAGCCGUUUGUGCGACUUUGUCUGUAUAAUAAUUUUAUCUUUUCAAAACAAUGCGAUGUGAAGCAAUUAUUUUUAUCUUUUUUUGAAAAUUUUGAUAAUGAGCUGGCGUAUUUUGAAAUUACAUAAUGCUGAUUACCUAGGAUAUCCUGGAUUCAAUGGUAGAGUGAAAAUAGCGAAUAUUUAAGAAAUGUAUCAAAACUUUGAUCUCCAUGACGAUUUAUUGUACUUAUUUGUUAAAUUUUUUAGGAAAUAAACAUUAGGAUUAAGAAAAAGUUCCAUUUGCACCUAUAUUUGCUCAAUUAGAUUGUAAGAUUUUGUACAUUUUUUUAUAUAAGAACUUUAGGCUACGUAAGUAUAUCUAUAAAAGAAAAACAAUAUUGGCUGUAAACACUUAGGCACCUAUGUCCACCAAACUCUUAAUUAGUAUUAUUCUUGGCAUAAACAUGCACGAUUGUAAUAUUAAUUAAUUAGAACUGAACGUUUUAAUAUUUCAAAAACCUUUUUACUAAUUGGCUAUCUCUAGCGGGUAUUAAACCCACGAUACGAAGUCUCAGAAAUAGCCAAUUAUUCAUACUAAGGGAUUCUCAUCUCACCUUUUCAGGAGCCAGCUGAAAAUCAGUGCUGUGCUUGCAUGCACAGCGUAUACUGAGCUGAGUCUCCUGCUACACAUCAUUUUCUUUUUCUGUUUGUUAUCCUUUAAAUGUAACGUGUCUGUGUAGCAAAUAAAUGGUUUUCCGUGCGGCUACACGCGUAAUGUACCAGUGUUGUAGUGUCGUAGCAUGCGAAGGAAAAUAAUUGACCUAAUAAUUGAACUACCGGUUCAAACGAUCACCCUUGGAACUAUAUGACAGAUUGUUCGCUGACUGUAAAAGCGCUCUUAUUAUCGGUUUCCCUAAGUGUUUACAAUCAAUAUUGUGUUAAGGCACGUUUUGGAAGCCAGCUAGGUCGGCAAUUGCAGUCGGCAGCUUGCUUUGAAAACGUACCUUUAUUUAGAAGUUAAGUUAUUCCUAAUCUGUACAAAUGCAUGCUUUCCAAAGAAUCUCGUUUAGGAUUACAUAAGUAUUUUCCGUUUUGAGAUCUCUUUAUUUGCUCAUUAUAUUUUUAUUUUAUACUUCGAAGGCAGAUACUGUCGUUAAUUUUAAUGCUCAAAUAAAUAUAA